AUGAAACUCAUUCAGGUAUAUGCACCAACAUCAAGCAGACCAGAUGAAGAAGUAGAACAACUGUAUGAAGAAGUACAACGUCAGUUGACAACAGACUGCCACUACCACAUAGUCAUGGGUGAUUUCAACGCCAAGAUCGGGAUAAAGUCAGACGAACAAGAGCGUUCCACAGGGAAAUUUGGCAGCGGAGAGAGGAAUGAUAGAGGAGACUUACUGAUUGAAUGGGCGACAGCAAAUAACAUGAAGAUCAUGAAUACCGUCUACAAGAAGAAGAUAUCAAGAAGAUGGACAUGGCAAAGCCCAGAUGGAUGUACAAGAAACGAAAUUGAUUACAUCAUGACAAACAGACCGAACAUCUUCACGGAUGUGAAAGUGCUAAACAGACUGGAUGCGGGCAGUGACCACAGAGCAGUAAUGGGAGUGAUUAGGAUCAAUGUCAGGAAGGACAGACAGAAAUGCCUGUCAAAUCCAUCAAAGAGACCUAGUAUUGAGCAACUGGUCAUAAAGAAGGACGAGUUCCAAAUCCUCCUAAAGAACAGAUUCAGUGCACUAGAGCUAGAAGGUGAAGAUGGAGUAGAUGAAAUGAACGAUAGAAUAACGACCACCAUCCUAGAAUGUGCAUCAGAAGUCGCAUCGGCCAGUAUAAUGAAGGACUCGAAGCUCUCAACAGAAACGAGGAUUCUCAUGAAGAAAAGACGGAUGAUGAAGAAAACGGAGGUAAACAACAACAGGGACAUCAGAAACAACAUCGAAUAUGCAGAACUGGAUAAGACCAUCAAGAAGAAGGCAAGGGAAGACAUCAGGAAGCAGAACAUGAAGAAGAUAGCAGAGACCAUCGAAAAUAAAAAGAGCAUGAAAAGAGCAAAGAGAUCCUUUCAACUAGGGCAGGAUAGAAUGCUGACUCUUCUAGACAAAGACGAAAAUGAGCUCACCACACAAGACCAGAUAUUAGAACGAGUAGAAGAAUUCUAUGGAGAGUUGUAUGCCAGCAACAAGGAAAUAGAAAUCUCAACAAAGGCAUGCGAUCUACCAGACAUAACAGCUUGGGAAGUAGAGUCAGCAGUCCAGAAAAUGAAGAACGGAAAGGCUGCAGGAAAUGACAACAUCAAAGCAGAAAUGGUAAAAGCAGGAGGAGAUAUCCUAUCUCAGGAAUUAGCCAGGCUCUUCACAAAGUGCUUACAUCUGAAGGAAAUUCCUGUAGCAUGGAAGAACGCCAACAUGAUCAUAAUGUUCAAAAAGGGCAACAGGAAAGACAUCAAGAAUUACAGACCCAUCUGCCUACUUUCUAAUUUGUACAAGAUUUACACCAAGAUAUUGACCGAAAGGCUAACAAGACAACUAGAUGAAGCGCAGCCAAAGGAACAAGCGGGUUUCAGAGGCCAGUACACCACUACUGAUCAUAUGCACACUGUCAACCAGCUCAAAGAGAAAUGUCUCGAGUAUAACAUUCCACUAUGUGUAGCAUUCGUUGAUUAUGAAAAAGCCUUCGACUCAGUAGAAACCCAGUAUAUACUGGCAUCCCUGCAAGAUCUAGGGAUCGAAGAUGGAUACGUAGACGUCAUCAGAGACAUAUACACCGAUAGCUCUGUAACAGUCAAACUACACAAGACCACCAAUAAGAUCAGGAUCAAGAAAGGUGUACGCCAAGGAGAUACAAUCUCUCCUAAACUGUUCACAGCAGCAUUGGAACGUAUAUUCAGGGAUCUAGACUGGCAGGACAAGGGCAUAAACAUAGACGGUACCAGGCUCAAUCACCUUAGGUUUGCAGACGACAUCAUAAUAGUAGCAGAUGAUGCAAAAGACCUCGAAGAAAUGCUAGAGGCGUUAGCAGAUGAAAGCGCAAAAAGUGGGCUAAAGAUGAACACCAGCAAAACAAAGGUGAUGUUUGGACCACUAACCACCCCUUGCACAGUGAAGGUCAACACCAAAGAGAUAGAAGCAGGUGCCGUUACGAAUUCAAGCUACUCCCUUCCAACUGAAAGUGUUAAGAAUUACAUCAGCGCCGACGGUAUAGCAUCGUGGAUCAAAGCUUGGCUCGGCGUCUUAAGCCGCGAGGCGAACACGGCCAGAAUGACGGACGAGAAUUUAACCGCCGAAGUGGAACAUUUACAUCGCUCAGACAACAACUUCGAAAGGAGUCUGCAGGACGUACAACAAAAAGUGAACAUAAUCCAAGCAGAGAAUGUGGCACUUUCCGGACAGGUGGCGGCGCUAAAGCGUCAGGUGAAGCAAUUUAAAGACAUUUUUACAGAACUAUACCCAGGAUGCAAGGGCCGCUCGGUUACCUUCCAAAACAAAGAGUACUAUUUUGUUGACCCCUCUUCGAAGACCAGCGGUACUCAGGUGAUGGGGCAGGCAUGCUGUCAACUCAUGGGAAAAAACUUGGUGGCCGUGAACAGUGCUGAAGAGUUGAAGUUUAUACAGGAUCAUAUCUGGGGUAACGGUACGUAA